GACGUCAAAGUUAAAAGAGAGCUGCUAAAUGCAAAUGUAAUUUUUCUGCAAAACUUUCUUCCUUUACAAAGGGAAAAUUCCAAUCGAGCCCUAACCAUUUCAAUCCGUAGAAAUUUGCGCUAAUUUUCGAUUGUAAAGGAAAUUCCAUUUCUCUCUACAUCCACAUUCAUCGAAUUCCAGUUCUAUAUCUAAAUUAUUUAAUUUCGUCUCCAGCAUCAAUUCAAGUUAUUUUUCGCAGAUAAGAAGAGUGAGCGGAGAAUAAAUUGAAGAUUUUUCUCGACGAUUCCCAAAUUUUGAAGUGGUUGUUGCUAAGAAGUUUGUUUUGUAUCGAUCUUCUCCUUGCUGAAUUCGGUUGGUGUCUGGUUCAUGGCAGGCAAUGGCCUGCCGACUUUGGGCCGUGUAAAGCUUGCUGAUCUGGAAGCCAAAGAAGGCCUUCCUUCUGAUUCUUACAAAGUAUCUGUAUCAACUUUAUGUCAGUCCUUAGCUCAGUACUCGGCUGCCAUUGUUCAGCUUCCUGCUGGAGAUGGAGCUCUUUUACGAUCUUGUCUGGAAUCUGCACGUCUCUACUUUCACCAUAGACCAUCAUAUCCUUCUGAAGAUAUGAUUCAUACCAAUGAGUCGCAAGAGUGGUGCAAGACAUCUGGGUAUUAUGCAGAUCCGCAGCUCUGGCAGGAAAGUUAUGAUUUUCGACCUGGUUUAACGCCAGCGGAACAAGGGAAUGAUAUUGACUUUUCUCCAGCUGGUUUGGUUGAUAUUUUUGCGUUGCUUGGAAAAGCGACCAGGGUUAUAUUAGAUGCCAUAAGCUUUAAUUUGAGCCUGCGCAGCUCACCUUUUACUGAGAUUCUUGACAAUGUACCUUUGAGAGGCAGAGAAAUAUCCUCUUCUGUGCUGUCUGUCUGCUGUCAGGCUAGGCCUACAUUCCAUGGAGCACAACAUCAUAGCUUAACAAGCCAAGAAGAUGGUAGUUUGAUCAUGUUUUCAGAGCAUGAACAUCCAGCAGAUAAGAGUCUAAUAUCUAUUGUGAAAUCAGAUAAACCUGGUUUGCAUAUAAGAGAUUUCCAGGGUCACUGGGUUCUUGUGGAUGGAGAUCUUGGCCCACUAGAAGCAGUUGUUUAUCCUGGACUAGCAUUAUAUCAGGCAACUGCCAGUUACAUCAACCCCGCACUUCACAGAAUCGAGAUCAGCAAUCCCCAGAAUGACAUUCAUGGUCGAUGUUCUGUAACAUUCAAACUUAUGCCCAAAUCAAUGACUAAUCUAAGUUGUUCGGAGAUGAGAGCUGCUGGUCAUGGAGUUGAAGCGCAGUUCCAGAUUCCAGUGCCAGUUGAUGACUUUAUGCAAAGACCGCAUCCUACUGAUAAUCAUUUGAACCGACAGAGUGUGCCAAGUUUUAAUUUCCCAACUGCACAUGACGGAACAAUGAAACCCUUAAUUAAGAGAAGGAAGAACAACUCAAAGUGCAAACCGCUGCCACCUUCCAAACGGCUACGGCUUGAGGCACAAAGAGUUCUUAAAGAGAGAGUUCAGGAGAUUGCAGAUAAGAAGGGCAUCAAGUUGAGAUUCUGCAGCCUGAAGGAGUGUGAAAAUCAUAUUCAUUCACUUGAUAGUCCUUGUGCUAAUAUUAGAAUGGAGAUCGGGUGGCCACCAGGGGUUCCAUUUGUUCAUCCCCAUGAUCUACCUAACAAGGCAAAGAUGGGUUUUCUUGAGGCUUAUGAACCUGGUUGGACAAUAACACACGACAUGGAUUUGAGUCUCAUAGAUCCUGGACAGGCAACUCAACAUUCUGGUCACUGAAACGAUCGAGAACUGUUUUUCUCCACAAAGGAUGCUGUAAACAAAAACCACUCAGAAAGUUGCUUUAAGUCUUCUUUCAUGAAAUCACUAAGAGGACAUGAACACAAUCUCUCUAAGAUCGUGGAAAAAUUACAGGAUUGGUCAAAAUAACAAUUCUCGUAAUAUCUGAAAAUAAUAAACACAUUAUAGCUUUAUGAAUAAUAUGCCUAGUUGCUCCUAAACCACUUAGAGAUAGUGUAAAUCUUUAUCCUUAAGUAUCCUAUUGCAAGUUUGCAACAAAAAAGUCUUGAAAACACAAGCUCAACACAACCAGAAAUGUAAAUGGGAACCUCAAAACACUAGUAAUAGUAUCUUAAAUCACAGUUAGUCCAGUUCAAACACAAAGUUCAAACACAAAAAUUCCCAUUUCCCUUUUUUCACGGUAAUUUAUGCAAGUAGAAUCUAAGAGGGAUAAUAAAGCUUUUUUGUUUAUUUAAAUAAAUGUUGUAUGGGAAAAGAUGAUUUUAGGAGAGAGAAUGGAGAAUAAUUGGUGAAAGAACAUUAAUUGUAACAUUUUGGUUGAAUAAACAAAAGAAAAAACAAAAUUCAAGAAUCAAAUAGAUGAUGGGACACGGUUUUUCUAGACAAAUUACGGAAAAAUGUAGAACUAAAUAUGGAAAUGGGAACUAUAUUUUGGGACACCCAAAAUGGAAAUGGGAACUAUAUUUUGGAACGGAGGGAGUACUAAAUAGUGCAUUACAGUGAAGCUAAAACAGCUUCCAUAAAAGAUUUGUUAAAUUAAGACAGAAAUUAGUAAGCCCAAUAGGAACUUAAACCAAAUUGACUUUGUGACCUUCAUUAAAUGUAAACUAAGCAGCCUGACAACACUCACUGUAGCACUUCUCCAUCGACUAGAAACAACGAACAACAACAAUGUCAGGGCCUUGAUUCCAAAUGAGAUGGGAUCGGAUGCAUGAGUCAAGAUUAUAUAUCUCAUGAACAUAAUGCUUCAUAUUGUAACUCAAAUCCUCUAUCCAAAUCAUCUUUGGCUUCCCUUGACAUCUAAAAUCUUCGGCAUUCCAACUUUCCACUAUCCUCAUCAGUGCAUUAUGUGCUUGAUAUCUCACAUGCCCAAACCACCUUAAGCGGUUCUCUCUUAUAUUAUACAACUCCAGCCCCCAUUGAAAAUCUUUGUUCCAAAUUUUUUUUAAUGUCUUCUCACAUCCAUUAUAACAUACACAAACCCAUAAAAUAAUGGUGGUGUAACAGCUUAGAAUGUUUUUUCAACCUUAGAGCUACAUUACAGUCACACAAAACCGCUCCCCAUUUAACCAACUUAAUGUAUUGUGUGAAUCAUGUCUUGGUUAGUAUUACCAUGCCUCUGUAAAAUCGACCAAAGGUACACUGAUGCUAAACUCCUUUCUGUCCAAUAUUAAAAUUGCACUGCAUGUACUCCAUUUUGCUUUCACUUAUCUUAAUCCUCAAGUUUCUAUUGUUUGUCUCCUUCGCUCCAAUAUAUCAUUAACCUCAUCUCUAAACUCAUUCAUAGUACAAUAUCAUCCUCAAACAACUACACCACGAUAUAUCAUCCUGGAUAGCCCGUGUUAUUCAAUUGAUCACAGAGAAUAAGACUUAAAUGCAGAUCCCUGAUGUAAUGCUAUCAUGAUAUGGCUGGACUCAGUAUCAAUUCUAGACUACAUUUUUGCUUACUUUUGCGGCCUAUAUUGUGCUUUAGAAGUUUCAGUCCAUAAUGUCCCAGGCACUUGGAUAUUGCUACUUGUGGAUCAUGGUUCAGAUCAUGCUGGAGAGCAAAUGUCGUUCACUAUGACAUUAUGAUGAAAGUAUCAGAUGUUUUUAUUGAUAUCCAAUCCAGCAAUUAUUGAUGAAGAUAACUUCAUGUGGCAUGUAUGUGUUCCACUUCCAGCCACCCAGAUCGAGUUUCUAACUUUAUUGGGCUGCCUUCAAAGACUCCUGGGGUUCUAGUCCUUAGUUAUGGGCUUAAUUGUGGACCCUGUAUCACUUCAGUUCAGGUCUAUGGUGGUGAUCUAUAUAAUAACAAAAAUCCUCCUUUAACCUGUCCAGAGUAAGAUCUCAAGGACUUCAUACCUGUUUCCUACUGGAACUGGAACCAUAAGCUAGGAAAAGAUAAAAUGCAGAGAGUAACAUUAAGAUAAAUUAAAUAACAUGUGGCUGGAUCAGGUGGUGAUUGGGGCCUUGCCGGCCUUCAUCCUUCAACAAACAGCUAUAAGACACUCCUAACCAUAAUAUGACAUGCCUACCAAACUUAGGAUCAAGACUAACUAACUUACUUGAACACCAACCAAACUAACUGAUGGUGUCCACACCUGAAAUCCAACAAUCUCGGCAAAACCAUUUGUACAGUUUAUUGAAUCAACAAAACAAACUAUUUAAAGUACCAAUCAACUUGCGGACGUUUUUUAGCCUUUACUUUCAUGCUAGCUUGAGCGCUAAGUUUCAGUUUCUUGUUCUCUCCAGACAACUGAUGUAACAAUGUCCAACCAAUCCAAGGUUGUAUAAGUUGUAACUCAAAAGAACCAACUCCACUCGUUGGCUGCUUAGGACUAGCAUUUUCUUAUGAAGGAUCUCUAUGGGAUUCCUUGUACUUACUCCUGGAUCAGUGAUAAAUACGGGACCUGGAACCAGUUUUAAAUAGUCCAUAAUUGACCAAGACUGGCCUGGUUCUUGAGCCACUUCUAUCAUUCUAUGAAACCAUGAUGGUUCAGUUUGGUCAUAGCUUUUCUCAUGAAAUAUGUCUCCAUCUUGCUCACCACGGUUUAGCAGCUGAUCUUCUGGGCAGCGGCAAAUUUUGGUGGCACUGAUAUUGAUGGGUUGUUCUGAUAUGCGGCAUAGAAUGACCAACUUCGGAUCCCAGCAGAUCUCACGUCAGUUUAAAUGGUAUCGUGUGCUCUUACAUGCACCUUUCCUGCAUCAGUCGAAUAUCAAUGAGACAGUUUUCUCGUGUUCAGGAUCCAAUACCUCCUCAUACUAUUUGGUCGCACCAGGUAUCCGAAGGGCUGCUGUCAUAGUUGAAUGUGAGCUAUAUUAUUAUUGUAAAGUUUUUUUCUUUUCGAAUACAAGGAAGCCAACCUAUGGAACUCUUCUCUCAAAAAUUAAAUCCCUAAGUUAUCAAAAUACAUCAGGAGCUAUAUUUACAACAAGAAGCUAUUUUAACUUCUACAUGACUACAUGUGACAUA